GACACAACUUCUUCUUCUUCCAAAUCGGCUUCGCGAAUCUGACACGUUGUUUACGACCUAAGUGACACGACGCUUAUUUAGGCCUAUUUUGAGCCGUCAAGACAACAUUUUGGGCCCAAAUUGAAGCCUAAAUCACCUAUAUUGUCUUUAGAAGAAGCUUAGAAUAGGCCUACGUCGACCCCAACGCCUCAAAUAAGUAAAUUAAGAGGCCUAUACAUCGGGAGGUUGCCGGACUAGGCCUACCUACCUACUGCCUUACGAUGAUAAGCUGUUAUUGGAAGAGAGCUCUCCAGACCUCUGGCAACUUGAGCAAAUCUUUACUCUUGCAGUGUAGGAGGACUCCAGAUUAUCGAGUCUUUUCAGAAAAGAGGAGAAUGAGCGGUGAUGUGGGAACAGCCCCGCCAGAGCGAAGCAAGUGCAUCUUUUGCAAGAUUAGUGAUGGUGUGGAGCCAAGUAAUAUAGUACAUCAGGACGAUGAAUUCGUUGUAUUUCCCGACAUGCGACCAGCGGCGCCUCAUCACUACUUGAUAGUGCCGCGCCACCAUUACAUUGACGUACGGCAUCUUACGGCGCAGCACGUACCCAUGGUUGAAAAGAUGGUGACAUUGAGCAAGGAAGUGUUGACAGCACAAGGGGGAUCGCCUACUUCAGCCAGGCUAGGUUUUCACAUGCCCCCUUUCAUCACAGUCCGACACCUGCAUCUCCACGUCAUUGCUCCCGAACAAGAGAUGGGAUUCAUAGCACGAGGGAUAUUCAAGGCCAAUUCCUUGUGGUUUGUUUCGCCCGAGGCAAUCAUUGAGAAGCUGAAGGAGAGGACUUCUUAGUAUAGUCUUCGAGUCUAAGCUUUUUCUCAAGUAGCGACGAGCGUCGCGUCUCUCGCUCCAAAGCCGUCAACAUUUCUAGGGAAGGUAGAUCAUGCACUUGGAAAACAUUGAUGUGCCUUUGUAUGAUAAAUUUGAUAAGAAUCUAUGUCGUGUUAUGUUUGAUGUGGGGAAAUUUUAGAUGGAGUUUAUUUUUGUUUCAGAGACUUUACUGUUUAUGUACUAUAGUAUUUUGAGUUAUAGCUCGGUAGGGAGGUACUUCGUACAGUGUGCCUUGCGUAGCCACUGAAGGUAGUAUUGGAGGUUCUUGCGUCGUCUGUCUUUUUUUUUUUCAUCCGCUCUUUUUAUCGUCUUCCCACUUUGCCGCCAGACUUCGGCUCCUUCGUGCUCAAAUUUAUGCUCCUUGUUUAAGAUUGAAUCCUUUGGGCUAAAGUCUUAUGUGAGUCCAGGCAUUAGAAUCUGUUAUCUAGUUAAAUACUUGAUAAUAAUACGUAAUAAUAUAAUAAUAAUUUAGGAUAAGGUUUUGUAUCAAUAAACAGAGUUUUCCCUUAUUCAUGUAUUUUAGGUAGGAUAUGUUCAUUUCCGGUGAUGUUUUGUGUACUAGUCCUUCUGUAAGAUGACAGUUGUAUAAGCUGCCUUCGUAAGGAAGAAGGAGCAGUUAUAUGUUUUGGUCCAUCUGUGACCUGUGGACAGGACAUAGGUUGGUUCUAGAGUUAUUUUGUGUGGUCACCAACUUAACUUUCAAUUGAUGUAAUGUUCAUAUCUUGUUUCCUUGGAGAUUGAAUGUGGCAUAAACAUUUCUUAAAGUUCUAUGAGAAUUUAGUGUAUAGCCCUUUACUCUUUGAAUAUGAUCCUCUGUAAUUCUUUAGCGAAACAUUCACAUUGUAUGAGGGAAAAGGACUAGAGAUAAACUCCUUGGCAUUCUUCCGAUUCCUCAGUUUUCACGGUGGCUGUUUGGGACACUGCGUCUAGGUGUGUGAUGGACUGGUCUCAUUUAAUCUUCUUUUGUAAUCUUAAUCAUAUUAUUAAGAAACUCAUAAUAUGCAUGAGAUCAGUCCUCCUUGAUAGGCAACCAUUGGCAAUGAAGCUACAUAUCAGUUUAGUUGAAGGUUUCUGUUAGUGAGGGCAGAGAUCUGUAGUAGCCCUUUGAGAUUCUAAUGACUUCAUCUGCUGAAAAUGUUUGUUGUACGCCAGCAUUUGAUUUGAGCUUUUUCUUCGUCUUGUGCUACAGCAAAGUAGUACAGGUGUACAGCUUCAAAAUGAUGCCAAAACCAGCUGUAUACCAUGCAAAAUAAAUUCACGGCAAUCAUUUAAAGCGAAACAUUGCUGUCUGUAAUCAGUCAAGAUUCUACUUUGUCAGUUCUAAAUUUUUGAGCUCCCUAAAGUCUCGAAGGGUUAUUUAAGGUUUCUGCAAGACAAGACCUUUUGCUGUGGGAGGUUACAGAGUGAUUUAUCACAGAUGUGAUAUAAGAUCAGGGUAUUAUAUUAAAGACUAGGUGUGUGAUCCUGUUGGUUUGAAUUUACAUAAAUUUUCUUCUUGUUAUUGUUUUGUAUAUUUGCUGCUAAUAAGUACUGAUAAUGAUUCAGUUCACAGCAAAAUACCAAGUACAGUAACCAACAUCCAGCCUUCUAUAAUAGCAGGAUAGCUAGAAGGAUAAAAAAAAACAUUAUUCACCUCUCCGUUUAAAUUUGUAUGUGUUAUUGUGAGGACAGUACCAUCUAUUUCACAUUCAUCAGUGGUUAUUGAUUUGUUUAAAGUGGAAAGCAUAAUUACUUUUUCUGUAAGAAUAAGAUUAGCUUAGUUUUCUAGACUCACGAGUUGCCCUCCGGUAAAUAUUCCAAAUAGUUGGAACAUCAUUGUAAUGAAUGUAUAACAUGAGGAUUUUUGGUCUAAUAAUCUUUCCAAUAAUGACUAAUUUCAAGUAAAGUGCUGUAUAAUAGGUUUUAUUCAUAUUUCCCUGUGCGUUUAAAGUGACGUUCAGAAUGUAUGGGGUCAGUUAAAAGACAAAAAAAAAAAGCAGUAUUAGUGCUUUGUGUAAUGUUGACCAUUCACAUAUGAGAUGCCUUCAAAUUUACUUACCGGUGGUCAGUAUUUCUUUUAUUUUUUUAACGACAGUAAAUUGUCAUCUUUGAUAUGAUUGUCAACAUUAAAUGUUGGUGAUAUUAUAAUAUAAAACUAGAAUUAGGUUAAAGAGGUAAAAGUUUUCUUAGAAAUAAAGGGAAAUAUAUUGCCUGUGAUAGGCUAGGGCAGCCUACAUGUCACCAAAAGAUUAUUUAUGGUCUUUGUUUAAUCAAUGAACUUUUUAUUUUAUACAGGAAUGGAAUUAACAUUGCAUAAUUUCUGUAAUGAUUACUAGAUUACAUUUAAUCAAUUAACUUUUUAUUUUAUACACAAAUGGAGUUAACAUUGCAUAAUUUCUGUAAUGAUAACUAGAUUACAUUUAAUCAAUUAACUUUUUAUUUUAUACACAAAUGGAGUUAACAUUGCGUAAUUUCUGUACUGAUAAUUAGGUACAUUUAUUGCACAAAACUACUUACAGUGAAAAAAAUCACCUCCCAUUCUACAUGUAUUUUAAAUGAAGGUUAAUCUUGAAUGAUAUAGAGUUUAAGAAUGCCAAGUUACUGUGUGUAAGGUUGAAAUGAAUGAUUGUAUGCACAGUGAAACAAAAUGAGUCAAAAUAGCAAAUCUUGUUCUUUCCAUAAUAAUACAUCCUUGUCAUACAUCACUGUUUAAUAUACUUUAAACUGGUUGCCUCCAUGUGUAGGCAGUUGAAGGAUAGAAGAAAUUGAAACCUAGGUCUUGAGCGCUGAGUUUUAUUGAGGAAUAAGGUAUUUUGUCAGUACUACCUGUAUAUCACAUACUUCAUUUCUUGACAUUUUAUAAAAAAUGGAACUUUCAUUUAUAACUGUGUUGCGUAGGUUAUGAGUGCUAAAAACUUUCCUCCGUUGCACUGCACGGAGAAUAAUUAUGGUGCAGUAAAUUUUCUGUGUUGUAUAACUUUCUUUCAGAUUAUCUUUAUUCUUUUAAUUGGUGCAAAUCGUUUUGUGAUAUUCAUUGGUACUGUAAAGAUACACAGAAGUAGAAGGCUAGGUGUUAGUUACUCGAAAGUGUAGGGUAAAGGUCAUGCCAGGUCAUUGAUUUGGGUCACAGUAAAAUGGCAGAAGUAUUUAAUUACAGUACAGUUUUGAUCCAGGUUAUUAGAAAUAAACUGAAAUUUAAAGGUCGAUUAAAUUAUUUCACAAAGCAACAAAAUGCCAUUUGGAAGACUAGCCAACUGUGAUGUGAAUGUUCUUUCUUUUACUUCUCAUCCACUUUUACUUCUCAUCCACUUUUACUUCUCAUCCACUUUUACUUCUCAUCCACUUUUACUUCUCAUCCACUUUUACUUCUCAUCCACUUUUACUUCUCAUCCACUGUGUUUUGGUUCCUUCACGUAGCUGUCCAACAUUUUCACCUCGUUCAGGACAACCAUUUUUUGGGGAAACAUUUGAAGGCUUCGACAGAUGACUGAGGUCAUGCUAAACCACAUUCAAAUAAUAUGCAAAGUAAUCAUUUUAUUUUGAUAUCUGAAUGUGUGGUUUAUUUUUGAACACCCUAUAACCAGUAUCUAGAUUUGACACGACAUGUUUUAGAGUAUGUAUUGUAUUAGUCGGAGAAUAAUAUUUGAGGGUAGGUAAGAGCAGCUAUAUGAAGGAACAGUGUCGUGUCAGUUUUGACUAAGGCUCAUGGUUACUGGAGGACUGGCAUUUUGCUGUAGUACAUUGACAUGCGUAUUAGAUAGAAUUAUCCUGGUGGGACCAUGUCCUGAAUGUAUAACCAAUUUUGAUUUUGGGUUGAGAGGAAUGUAACAAAGUACGAAAAUGAGAAGCUGGUAAAGGCUGAGAAUGAUUUGUAAACUACGUAGCACCUCAACUUAAUAGACACUUUUGGGGGGUGGGCCAGCAGGUGUUUGGCUUUUUGAUAUGUCACAGAGUUUAAGUAAAAAAAAAGACUUUACAGUAUUGCAGCCAACUCCCGGUAUUUGUAGGGGAUGCUUACUACAACUCCCCACGUUUAGCUAAAAUCCGCAAGUACUUUACUUCCCUCUAAAAAUGCUUAUAACUGCCUAUUUUGAUACUUCAGACACCAAAAAACUCCUCCAAAAAUGCUCAUACCUAAGUAUUUUAAAAGUUUUAUCGCAAAAAAUGCAUUUAGUCAUGAAAAUGAUAUGAAACUACUGCACGUAAUUAGUGUAUAUUUCCAUAUAAAAGAUACAGUGAAUUUUCCGUGAAUGUAUACAUACAUUCCAUUCCACAGAAAACCUUGCAAAUAGGCGAAACCAUAAAACCAAAACCGCGAAUAGGUGGGGGUCCGCUGUGUAGCCUGCACUUAAAUAUUUUUUAGAUAUCACUAACACCAUUCCACAUAGUUCCUAGCCCAACUAACAUGUACACUUUACUACAGUACUUUAUACCUAAGUAUUCAAUUUGAGAGAUUUCUCUCCUUCUAAAAUGGUAGCAUAGCAAAGAAUAAUCUUAAUAAUCAAGCUGUCAAGCACAACAGACUGUUAAAUUGAGGUGCUACCAUUGUUAAAAGUUAGAUUUCGAGAAUUAGAUUGCUGCUCCUAAGGUGUAUUUUAGACAAUAAGCAAUGUGCUGUUGAUAAAUUUGUCAGAUUCUAUAUACAUGUUUGGUCUUGUAACCAAUGAAGUCAUUUUACUAUUUGG